CGUGGCCGGUCUGCGUCUCCGCCGCCAUGGGGCCCUGAGCAGGCGGCAUGGCCGAGGGCGGCGAGCUGAUGAGCAGGCUCCUGAGCGAGAACGCGGACCUGAAGAAGCAGGUGCGGCUCCUCAAGGAAAACCAGAUGCUGAGGCGGCUGCUCAGCGAGAGCUGCCAGGACAGCUGCGGCCACGGGCCCCGCGAGCUUCCCAGGGCGCCCGCCUACCCCGAGGCCUGCUCUCCCGCGGCCGGAGGUGACCCGGACUUCGGCCGCUUCGCGGGCCUGGACGCGCCGGCGCCGCCGCGGGCCGCGUCCCUGGAGGACCUGCUGUGCUCGCACGCGCCGCUGGCCGGCGAGGACGACGCGUCCCCGGGCGGCGCCGCCCCGGCGCCCCUCAAGGCCCUCUUCAGCCCCCCGGAGCUGCGCGCGCCCCGCGCCGACCGCCGGCCGCCGCCGCUGCUGGGCGCCCUGCCGGACCCGCUGGCCGAGAGGCCGCCGCCCGAGCCCGCGCGCCCCAGGAAGGUGUGCUUCGCCGAGGGGGGCGCGCCCGCGGGGGACCGGCCCCGGCGCAGCUACUACCUCAACGAGAUCCAGAGCUUUGCGGGCGCGGAGAAGGACGGGCGCGUGGUCGGGGAGAUCGCCUUCCAGCUGGACCGGCGCAUCCUGGCCUACGUCUUCCCCGGGGUGACCCGCCUCUACGGCUUCACCGUGUCCAACAUCCCCGAGAAGAUCAAGCAGACAUCCAUCAAGUCCCUGGACGGCUCGGUGGACGAGAAGAAGCUGCGCGAGCUGACGCACCGCUACCUGACGCUGACGGCGCGCCUGGAGAAGCUGGGCUACAGCCGCGACGCGCACCCCGUCUUCAGCGAGUUCCUCAUCAACACCUACGGCAUCCUCAAGCAGCGGCCCGACCUGCGCGCCAACCCGCUGCAUAGCAGCCCGGCCGCGCUGCGCAAGCUGGUCAUCGAUGUGGUGCCCCCCAAAUUCCUGGGUGACUCGCUGCUGCUGCUCAACUGCCUGUGCGAGCUCUCCAAGGAGGACGGCAAGCCGCUCUUCGCCUGGUGAGCGCCGCCGCUGCAAGAACCGUGUUUGUUCCAAACGGGGGCGCCACGCUCCUGCGUCCCUCGGCCGGCCUUCCCCCGGCAGCU